AUGGGUUUCUUGAAAAGGUUGAUUUUCCUAAAGUUGAGCAAUAACGAUCUAGUCGGCAGCAUCCCAUCACCGAUCGAAGGACUAGAAAGCCUGCAAAGGUUGUAUCUUGAUAACAACCAUCUUGAAGGACCAAUACCCGAUGAGAUAUGCAACUUGACGAGUUUAGGAGAGUUGCUGCUCCUGCAAAAUAGGAUAUCGGGAUCAAUUCCGAUUUGCAUUGGAAACCUAAGCAGCCUUCAGAAGUUUCUCUUAAGUUCAAAUAACAUGACAUCGGUUAUACCGAUUAGUCUGUGGAGCCUUGAAGAACUCAUCUUCCUCAAUCUGUCACUCAAUUCUUUCAGUGGAGGACUACCACUUGAAAUAGGAAAAAUGAGAACUAUAGAGAGCAUCGAUCUUUCUUGGAACCGACUUACCGGCGCCAUACCGAGUUCCGUCCAGGAGUUGGAGAGCCUUGCUUCUCUCAACUUGUCAAUGAACUCGUUUCAAGGAUCGAUACCGCAAUCGAUCGGCAACCUCAAAGGGUUGGAUUUCCUCGAUCUCUCCUACAAUGAGUUAUCAGGCGCGAUACCCGAGUCCAUGGAAGGACUAACAUAUAUGCAAAAUUUGAACUUGUCCUUUAAUAAGCUAUCAGGAGAGAUUCCUAACGGCGGGCCCUUUGGAAAUUUCUCGGCUCUCUCGUUCAUUAGGAAUGAAGCACUUUGUGGAAAUGCGAUUUUUCAAGUCCCACGUUGCAAAGUAAAUGGAAAGAAAUCACCAACGGACAAGCGGCUCUGUUUACUAUACAUUAUGGUGCCAAUUGUAUCGGCCAUACUUUUAGUCCUCAUUAUUUGCUUGCUUAGAAAGCGCCAGAACACUGGAAAAAAAGCUCCAGUUUCAGUGGAGAACCUGCCUAGAAUUGAACACCCGAUCAUAUCAUAUCGAGAGCUUUGCUCUGCUACUAACAACUUCAGCGAAAGCAAUUUGCUCGGAGCAGGACGCUUUAGCUCUGUAUACAAAGGGACUCUGGCCAACAGGACAGACAUCGCUGUCAAAGUACUUAAUCUCCAUAUCGAAGGCGCUAUGAAAAGUUUCGACGCAGAAUGUGAGGUUUUCUGCAAGAUCAGGCACCGGAAUCUCGUCAAGGUGAUCAGCACCUGCACGAACGCCGAUCUGAGAGCUCUGGUGCUGCAAUACGUGCCCCACGGGAGCUUGGAGAAGUGGCUUUAUUCCAACAACUAUAACUUGCGUCUCCACCAGCGAGUGAAGAUAAUGGUUGACGUAGCAACGGUGGUCGAAUACCUCCACCAUGGCCAACCAAAACCCAUUGUGCACUGUGAUCUUAAGCCUAGCAAUAUUCUUCUAAAUGAAGACCUGGUUGCACAAGUCUGUGACUUUGGGAUCGCGAAGAUUUUGGCUGAGAACAAGCUUGAAACACAGCCCCGAACUCUCGGCACGAUUGGUUACAUUGCUCCAGAGUACGGUUCGGAAGGAAAAGUCUCGACAAAAGGAGAUGUCUAUAGCUUCGGCAUAUUGUUGUUGGAAGUGAUUACUAGGAAGAAGCCAACCGAUGAAAUGUUCAAUGCGGAUAUGAGCUUGAGGCGAUGGGUAGGCGCAGCGAUUCCAGACAGAGUGUUGGACAUCGUGGAUAGCGAACUCCUUAGCACAAAACAUGAAGAUCUGACGCUCCCGGAAUUCAAGAGGAUAGUCUUAUCGAUCCUAGAGUUAGGACUUGAAUGUUUGAAGGACUUGCCUGAGGAAAGAAUGGACAUGCAAACUGUCAUUAUUAAGCUCAACAAGAUUAAGUUGUCACUUCCUAGACAAGAAAAUAAGGUGGAGAGCAGUACGUAG